UAAGUGAGAGUACGAGACGUUGCCGCCGGAAAUAAGUAGCCGGUGACGGACAGCAAUUUGUAUAGUUUUAUAGCCGUUAAACCUGUGUCCAAAGCCCAAACCACAUUCUAAAUGCAAGUCUCAGCCAUAAGACCAAAGCUGCUCCGCCUUCGUGCAAUCAACACAACAACACUCACUACCUCACUCCAUCACCUAUCCAACACCACCACCGGCAACAGAGGAGCGGAGCAGCGCUGCUUAGUCCUCCUCCAGGACCACUCCUGCAACUCUCUCCCGAAGCUCGUGCAGACCCACACCCACAUCCUUAAAUUAGGACUCCAAAACAACCCUCUGGUCCUCACCAAGUUUGCCGCCACAUCCUCCGGUCUCGACGCCAUUGACUAUGCUUCAUCGUUUAUAUUCUCGCCCGACUCUGGUACCCGGCUCUACGAUACAUUCCUAUUCAAUACUGUCAUCAGAGCUUAUGCUCAAACUAGACAUUCAAAGGACAAAGCUUUGUAUUUUUACAAUGUUAUGGUUGAUUAUGGAGUUUUGCCUAAUAAAUUCACGUACCCGUUUGUACUCAAGGCCUGUGCUGGCCUCGGGGACUUGAAUUUGGGCAAAUCCCUUCAUGGGUCCGUUGUGAAAUGGGGAUUUGAUGAUGAUGUUCAUGUUCAGAAUACAAUGGUUCAUAUGUACUGUUGUAGCGAUGGAGGGAUUGAGUUUGCUCGUAAGGUGUUCGAUGAAAUGUCAAAGUUGGACUCUGUGUCUUGGAGUGCGAUGAUUGGAGGAUAUAUCCGAUUGGGGUGGUCGACAGAUGCGGUUGGUUUGUUUAGGCAAAUGCAGAUGGAGGGAGUUCGCCCGGAUGAGGUCACUAUGGUCCUGGUGCUCUCUGCUUGUAUAGAUUUAGGUGCACUUGAGCUUGGGAAGUGGGUUGAGUCGUUUAUUGAGAAAGAAAGGGUUCAAAAGACUGUGGAGCUUUAUAAUGCACUCAUUGACAUGUUUGCAAAGUGCGGUGAUGUUGAUAAAGCUCUAAAAUUGUUUAGAAAUAUGAGGGAAAGAACAAUUAUUUCUUGGACUUCUGUCAUUGUUGGUCUGGCAAUGCAUGGCCGUGGUUUCGAAGCUGUUUCCUUAUUCGAUGAGAUAACAGGAGCUGGGAUGGCUCCUGAUGAUGUGGUCUUUAUUGGGUUGCUUUCUGCUUGUAGUCACUCUGGGUUAGUCGAAAAGGGCAAAAAAUAUUUUGAUUUGAUGAUAAAAAAAUUUAAAAUUGUACCUAGGAUCGAACACUAUGGAUGUAUGGUGGAUAUGUUAUGCAGGGCUGGACAUGUCAAAGAGGCACUGGAGUUCGUUCAAAAAAUGCCCAUUGAGCCAAACCCAAUCAUUUUGCGAACCCUCAUUAGUGCUUGUCAUGCUCGUGGUGAGCUCAAGAUUGGAGAGAGCAUCACUAAAUUGCUAAUCAGAAAUGAGCCUAUGCAUGGAUCCAACUAUGUAUUACUUUCCAACAUUUAUGCAAAAAUGUCCCAUUGGGAGAAGAAAACCAAAAUUAGAGAGGUUAUGGACAAGAAGGGGAUGAAAAAGAUUCCUGGGAGCACUAUGAUUGAGCUCGACAAUGAAAUUUAUGAAUUUGUGGCUGGAGAUAAAUCACAUUGGCAGUACAAGGAAAUUUAUGAGAUGGUAGACGAAAUGGGGAGGGAGUUGAAGAAGGCUGGAUAUGCUCCCACUACAUCAGAGGUGUUACUAGAUAUUGAUGAAGAAGAUAAGGAAGAUGCUUUGAAUAGGCACAGUGAAAAGCUGGCUAUUGCUUUUGCUCUUCUCAAUACACCACCAGGAACUCCUAUACGGAUUGUGAAGAAUUUGCGAAUUUGUGGUGAUUGCCACUCUGCUACUAAGUUCAUCUCCAAGAUUUAUAAACGAGAAAUAGUGGUGAGGGAUCGGAACCGGUUUCACCAUUUCAAGGAAGGGUUUUGCUCGUGUAGAGAUUUCUGGUGACGAACUAGGUGUAAUUUCAUUAGUAUUGAUUCUGUAACUGAAAUCAUAAUUGUCUUGGCUGAUGGAUUCUCGUGAGAAUUGUAAUGCGACAGAUCAUGCUUGACUCCCGUCUUGUGGUCAUUCAGUAAUUCGUAUCAUUGUGCCAAAGUUUGACCAAUCUAACAAUUUUACAACUGGAAAAGUUCCUUCCCCAAAGUUUAAUCCAAGCUGAUACUUCAAGAUAACAGCUGAAGGGUCAUCUUCUAGAAGAAUACACAAUCCAAGAUAUCUGGUGUCCAACCCAAGUGUGGAUGCUGCUGACCUGAAUUCCUGAGUUAUGCUUCUGCUGUGACUUAUCCUUAGUCUAGGGGUUUGGUCUUGGCAAAACAGUCUACAGUACUGAUCAGGUAAUCCUACUAAUACUCUGAAGAAAUGUUUGUGGUAGGGGUGAGUUUUUUUUUUUUUUUUUUUUUUUUU